GCAUUACGCAUGAGAGCGGACGAGCGCGUCGGCGGGUCGGCGGGCCGAGCGAUGGCAUCGGGUGCGUACGGACUGCCGGCGUCCGGCGCCGACGUGAGCGUCAGUGUGGCCGAGACGAUGCUCAACUCGCCCGUGUACGUGCAGAGAGACGAGAUGAAGUACCUGCCGCACCCGCAGCAGGCCGGCGCCGUGCCCUCGCCGCAGCACUCCUGGAUGCUGCCGCCGCAAACGGAGCCCAUGUCCUGGGCGCUGCCGCACCCGCCGCACGUCAGCGUGCACGAGGACGUCAAGCACCAGGAGGAGCUGGUGCACGUGAGUCGCGCGGCGCCGCUGCACGCGCCGCCCAGCUGGCACCCGAGCGUGCCGCCGCCGUACCUGAGCCCGCCGCCGAGCGGCUCGCCGGUCGGCCAGCACCACGUCUACAGCAUGCACACCAUGGCGCCGCACCAGCUGCACUCGCCGCACCUGCACGGCCGCGAGCCGCAGCACGAGCUGCUGGCACCGCACCCGGAGCCGGUGGCCGAGCAGCCCGAGGAGCCCUCCUCCGACGACCUGGAGGUGUUCGCCAAACAGUUCAAACAGCGCCGCAUCAAACUCGGCUUCACGCAGGCCGACGUCGGCCUGGCGCUCGGUACCCUGUACGGCAACGUGUUCAGCCAGACCACCAUCUGCCGCUUCGAGGCGCUGCAGCUCAGCUUCAAGAACAUGUGCAAGCUGAAGCCGCUGCUGCAGAAGUGGCUGGAGGAGGCCGACUCGACCACCGGCCUCACCACCUCUGUCGACCGGAUGGCGGCGCAGGGGCGGAAGCGCAAGAAGCGCACCAGCAUCGAGGUGUCGGUGAAGGCGCUGUUGGAGCAGCACUUUCUCAAGCAGCCGAAGCCGGCCUCGCCCGAGAUCAGCAGCCUGGCCGGCUCGCUGCAGCUGGAGAAGGAGGUGGUGCGCGUCUGGUUCUGCAACCGCCGCCAGAAGGAGAAGCGCAUGACGCCGCUGAACCCGUGCCCCGGCUACGAGAAGGGCGACGGCGGCUCACCGCAGUCGUACGUGUCACAGUCGGAGCUGCAGCACAUGCACGCCGCGCUGGGCGCCGCGCCGCCGCCUGGCCAGCAUGGCCAGCAUGCGCUGCCGCCGCCCGGAGACCCCAUGUCGCCAAUGACUCCACAGCAGCAGCAGCAUCAGCAACAGCAACAACAGCAACAGCAGCAGCACCAACACCAGCAACAGCAGCACCAUCAGCAGCAGCAGCAGCAGCAGCAGGCGUACCCUGCGCGGCACCUGGACCCACUGCCGGGCAGCCCGUCCGACCACCUGCAGCCCAGUCACAGUCCGGACAUGAUGUCGCCGCAGCCGGCGCCACUGCCGCCCCACUCACAGGGCCUGGCCGCGCGCUGACCGCGCUGCUACCUCCGGUCACACCAGCCCAGAUGGGAGAGCCACGGAGAGCAGCGCUGUCUCGGGUAGUGCCCUCACGGAUGGAGCUGGCGGGCGAGCGCAGUGCAGAACUCAGCCCCAGCUCCGCGGCAUUCACCAUCUCGCCCGUCUGCGAGCGCCGCGAGAAGAGGAGACGGUGGGACGAGGCAGGAUCGGCCAGUACUGGCGGCGGACGGACCGGGCCGCGGAGACAGACAGGCGGUAAGCAGUCCGAGAGUGGGCGUCUUCACGUCGUGAGGGUCGCUCCCCUGACGCGCUAGGUCUGGGCUCGUUGGUGCGGGGCUCCACUCGAACUCCGUUGUUAGUGAUUGUGGUCUCGGAGCGGCGCCGUCGUGUGGUCACCGUGGUCUCCCAGUCCGUGACGCACGGGUGUCGUGGUCUCAGCGUUACCGGGUGUCGUGGUCUCAUCUCCUGUCCAUCCCGCGCCGGCCGCCGCCUCCCGUCCCUGGUCUCGCGCGUCCCGGCCGGCCGGCUGGCCAGCGGUCGCCGUACCUGUUGCGGCGCCCACGUCAGCCCUCGCGGCGGUACGGCGGUGCUCGGAACUGCCGGUUUGCAGACGUUAUAGCAGUCCCAGUUAGCUGCUGCUAACGUGCCGAUGGGUACCUGUUGCCCGUUAGGCGGCUGAGGCUGAUAGCCGCCGCAACAGAGGGCACAGAUUCCCACACGUUUUGCGGUACUGCCACUGCAGUGCCGGGUCGCUGCCACUGCAGUGCCGGGUCCCUGCCGGUCCCGCCGUGUCCCAGACGCUCCUCUCCGGCGCCGCGGCUGCUUUGCCGGCUGUAAACGCCCGAUCGCACCCAGCUCAAGGCCAGGCCAUAAAAAGGUUAUGACCUCAGUGGCCCGGCGCACAGCCGAUUCAUCCCCAGCCGAGCGGCAGAGGCCGGAGGCGGGACGGGAUGGGAGGGAGGGACCAUCGAGAUGGAGAGGAGGGACCAGACGGGAUUGAGGGGACGGACCAGGCUAGACGAAGUGGAAGGAAAGGGAAAAGGCGGGAUGGGAGGAAGGGAGGGAACCGACUAGACGAGAUGCAGAGGACAGAGACCAGACGAGACGGGAUGGGAAGGGACCUGGUCAGACAGGAUAGACGAAUGACGAAGUGGUAGGAUGGAGGUGCAGGGCUAGCUCGGACAAGACGAGGGGCGGCUCGGAGGAACCGGGACCAGACAGGGUGAUCUCGAAACAAACAAUAGGGCUAGAAGACGGGGACUGUAACAGCAAGGCAGAGCGGGGAAAUCAUGGAUAUCAGGAGGGAUGGUUAGAUCAAGCUGGCUGCUUUAGACGGACUACGGUGUCCGAGAAGGGGCAAUGAAGACCAAAUCUCUGACAGGGCAGGACUGGACGCGUGGAUUCGAAGGGGAAGGACGGGGCACGGGGACCCGGGACGGGCAGGACAGGAGAUGGAGACCUACGACGGGAGCGGCAGAAGACGGGAAGAGAGACCCGGCGCCGGGCGGGACGGGACGCAGGGACCCGGGACGCGAGGGACGGACGCGGGACCCUCUGUGAUACGCCGGGCCUUUCAGCGGACCUUUGCAAUAGUAGAUGUAGCGGGACAGUGAGGCUGGCUGCCUCUGACCGGCGCCUCUGCCCGGGGUGCUGAGUAGGUCAGCCGCCCGGCUGCUCUGGGGGCCCCGUAGCCGGUGUGUUUGUUCGCAGGUCACUCUCGUAGUUGAAGCCGUUGGGCACGGCAACGUCGCCGCUCGUAAUCGCGUCUUGAGCUGAGUUGUUGGAAAUUCGAAAAGUGAGAAAUAUCAGUCAUGGAUAUUCCUUGCUAAGAGCAUGUUAAUGUGGAAAAUCGCAAUAUGGCUUGAUCCUCUUCUGACCCAUAUGAUAGAAAUUGUUCUUUAGGAAAAUAACUUUUUUCACUUCAGAACAAGCCUUGACACUUUCAAAGGUGACACUUCUUGUCACCUUUGACACUUUCAAACCUCGAAAACUAGAAAAUAUUUAUAGUCAAUCGCUGAUAGUUUUAACGGGUACCCUCAAGCCUUCAGAGGGGUCGGGUGCCAUCUUUUAAUGCUCAAUGAAAGGGCCUUCAAAUUCACAAUUUCAAUUGAAAAUGCUCAAUAUCGAUAUAGUACAAGUGUCGGCAAUGUUAUGCGCGCGUUCGCUCCGUUGGCAAACGAGGCAUACAGUGAUAUGUACGGUUGGUCAAUGUGUUAACAAAUCAAAACAGAAAACUGCUAGUGUUCAUGUACGAUUAACUUUGCACUGUUUAGUCAUGAUUGCAGUAUGAAUGAGAAUGGCUUUGAGUAUCUGACGAGAUACUCUAUCAGAGUGCUUUGCAAUUGUUUAUUUUCACACGAUGUGUGAUACUUGUGUGAAUCGUUUAUGUUGUGCAAGUCUUAGGAUUUGAGUGAAAAGAGCUAUGUGAAAUAUAUGCAUUGUUGUAAUCAUA